CCGUGCGGCGGCGUCUCCGUGACAGGUUCGGCCUCGCACACGCCUCCCAUCCACGCCGCCAAGAUGCCCAAGAGGAAGGUUAGCGCGGAUGGAGCGGCGAAGGCGGAGCCCAAGCGCCGCUCUGAGAGGCUGUCGGCCAAGCGCGCCCCUGCCAAGGUGGACGCGAAGCCGAAGAAGGCCGCGGGAAAGGAUAAGUCAUCAGAUAAAAAAGUGCAAGCAAAAGGGAAGAGGGGAGCAAAGGGCAAACAGGCUGAUGUGGCCGACCAGCAAACCGCGGAUCUGCCCACAGAGAACGGAGAGACCGAAAACCAGAGUCCAGCCUCUGAAGGAGAAGAGAAAGAAGCCAAGUCCGACUAACCAUCCAUCAUGUCUGUCAGUGUCCCGCCUCCCUUCUUGUACAAUCCAGAGGAAUAUUUUUAUCAACUAUUUUGUAAAUGCGAGUUUUUUAGUAGCUCUAGAAACAUUUUUAAAAG